UGGAGCGGUACUGGUUUCACUCAUUGUUUCAAAAUAUGUACAUCAAUGGGCUGUUUAUAAUUACUGUUAGUCAUGUUACCGAUACAUGCAACUCAGGUUGUCUUAUAAAGAGAAGGUCGACUGUUGAACUGAAUAUGUCACGUUGGGAGAUUCUACUUGUGUUUUCAUGAGAAUUUAUGGUGACUAAUUUCAUUUAUAAUUUUCUGUCAUAUCUUCAUUCUAGUUUUCACUGGUUUGAAUAUGACUCCGUUUUUAUCAAAAAAAUGUGUUUUUCAUUUCUAGCUUUGUCCAUCAUUUUAACGAUUGUACCUUGACUUACUACCGUAUAUUCUGCUGAAUCUCAGAGAUGCUUUACUAUCGUAAGCAAUCAAAUAUACAGCGAUUUCAUCAUACUUAUGUCAGCACAUGUCUCUCAGACACAGUCCAUCAAAGAAUUACUCGAUCGUUUUUUUCACGGUAUUCUAUUCGCCAAGUUAGAUGAUCAGAAAAUCCUUUCGAAUGCGAUACCACUCACUGGUAAAAUAAGUUUCGGUGAUUCAAGAAUUACUUAUAGUGAUGCUCUCUAUUUAUUUUGUCGUCUCGAAAGAGAUUACGCAUCUCUGCAUGUAUUUCCCAAUAAAUCUUUAUUCUCCCGAAAAGAGGAUUGUCUAAAUUCGUAUAACUCUUUACGUUCUGGAUUCGAUGGUGUUUGUAACACCCCGAAUUUGUCGAAGGCUGAGCAUGAAUUAUCUGACCAUAUGCGGACACUUACUGCUGCUCGAGCACAGCUAAUAACAUUAUAUCGAUCAUUCACAGAAUAUCCUCUACUUCUUAUCACAAAUUGUUCUUCAGUGAUCACAUCUCUAUCAGAUAUAUUAAACCAACUAUGCGUUGUAAAUGAAUUUACCGAAGUAUUCGCCUAUAUUUCACAGUUGGUCAAACAAGAGAUUAUUAUUCUACGUGAAUUGCUAAGUGCUCAAAGUGCAAUAUCUGACCUUUUGUUUCUGGAGUCAAUUCUUUGUUUAAAUAGAGCAAAAAGUGAUUUAGAUAAUUUUAGUAAAUUGUUUUCCUCUCAGCAGAGGACUGCUCCACUUGGUAAACAACCAUCACUCUCAUCAUUACUGGAGUGUUUUUAUGCGCAUUUGCUAAGCAAAUUUACAUUGUAUUGGUUUGAAAUUUUGUCUCGUUCUACAUCUGGUGUGCAUGAAAUUGAACCAACAGUGAAUUCAGAAAAUCCAGAUUUAGUUACUAGCAUUACAAAAUUUCAACAGGAAACUGGUGCGCUAAACAUUUCAUUAUUGUUUGAUACAACUUGUCAGUCAUUUCCAUUCCUUGGACAUGGUUAUGUUUUAAGAGGUUCUUUUGGUGAUGCACCUAAAGGAAUUGAAAGUAUUCCACCAAUUUUUACUGCUCCAUUGGGUAGUUCAUUAUCUCCAGUUGAUGUAUAUACAAUUGUUAUGCAGAUUAACAGUACACUUCAUCAUGGUAAUGAUGAUGAGAAAGGUGAUGUUACUGAACUAUCAAAACAACCGCGAUAUAUAUACGAUGAAAAAUUGAACCACACCUAUUAUAUCAAGAAAUUAGAAUGUCGUGUGUUUUUAGCCUUAGUCUAUGAAGGCUUAAAAUCACAUAAAGAUAAAGUCAUCAGUGAAUUUAUAUCAAUGCUUACGGAUACAGUGUGUUUACGUAAAGUUGUCAAUCUACUGCAACAAGGUCAACAAAUACCAUCGUCGUCAUCAUCAUCAUCUGAUCGAAAUUAUCUACGAUCAUUAUUUUUCCAUUGAAUUUUCUUAUCUGCUUCUAUAUAUAAAUAUACAAUAGACUUUUAGCACUUUCAGUUUCGAUAAUUAAUACGGCAAAAUUUCCAUUGUCUUUCGCUUGUAUUGUAAGGAAAAUGUGUGAAUGUUAUAUUCUAAAUUCAAUAAAAUAAAUAUAUAAUUUUC